AUGUCAAGCAGUAAUAAAUCUCAAGUGAAAAUCAGACUUUUUACUCGUGAAAAAGAUGAAACUCUUCAUGUUCAAGAUACUCCGAUGUAUGCUCCAAUCUCUUUAAAGAGAUAUGGUCUAUCCGAGAUUGUCAACCAUUUAUUAGGUACAGAAAAACCAAUCCCCUUUGAUUUUUUAAUUGAUGGUGAAUUAUUACGUACUUCCUUGGAUGAAUAUCUGGUUAAGAAGGGUUUAUCAAGCGAAACAACUUUGAAUCUGGAAUAUACCAGAGCCGUUCUACCUCCCUCCUACUUAUCUUCCUUUAAUAAUGAUGAUUGGGUCAGCUCGCUUGACGUGGAUAAAGAAUCUAAUUACAUUGUAUCGGGUUCUUAUGAUGGUAUUAUAAGGACCUGGGAUAUGUCUGGAAAGGUACUAAAGCAAUAUGCAGGCCAUUCAGGUCCUAUUAAAGCUGUAAGAGUGAUUUCAACUACAAGAUUGAUCUCGGCUGGUAAUGACCAUACUUUACGUCUGUGGAAAACUAAAAAUGAAGCCUUGAAACAAGAUAACAACUUGGACAAUGGUCUAGAGGAUGACGAUGAGAACAUCGAGAAUGGUAAAACACUAGCUAUCUUAGUUGGUCACAAAGCACCUGUUGUGUCUGUUGAUGUUUCUAUCAAUUCAAGAAUACUUUCUGCCUCCUAUGAUAAUUCUAUCGGUUUUUGGUCAACUAUAUAUAAAGAAAUGCUUUCUGUGGAUCCUAUGGAAGAAUUCAAUAGUAGUUCUAACAAAAUAUCAACAGCGGCAAAAAAGAGAAGAAAAUUGACUUUAAAGGAUAAUUCAAUUAGAAGACGUGCUCCUUUAGCUUUAUUAGAAUCACACAAUGCUCCAGUAGAAGCUGCCAACUUCGACUUGAAUGAUAACACAGUGGGGUAUUCUGUGUCUCAGGACCAUACAAUUAAGACUUGGGAUUUAGUUACAUCACGUUGUGUGGAUACAAAGACAACUUCCUAUUCUCUAUUAUCUUUAGCACAAAUGCCAACUUUGAAUCUUUUGGCUUGUGGAUCCAGUGCUAGGCAUAUUACAUUACAUGACCCUCGUGUAAGCUCUACUUCCAAGAUCACUCAACAACAGCUAAUAGGUCACAAAAAUUUUGUUGUUUCUCUUGACACAUGUCCUGAAAAUGAAUAUAUGUUAUGCUCUGGUUCUCACGAUGGUACUGUAAAAGUAUGGGAUGUUAGAUCAACUACUGCCAUGUAUACAAUUACAAGAGAGGAUCCAUCUGUUGAAAAGGGUAUCAAUGAUAAAGUUUUUGCUGUUACAUGGGCUGAAAAAGUUGGCAUUAUCAGUGGUGGGCAAGAUAAAAAGAUUCAGUUGAACAAAGGAGAUAAUAUUUUUAAAAAUUAA